AAUCGGCUUUGGCGUCAAUCGUUCCGGUAGCUAUCCGAGAAUGCUUUUAGCAUGCAGAUAAACAUUAUGUGGACGCACAUAUUUUGGCAUUCAGAGAAAAACUUCCCGAGACCGUCACGAACCUAGGAAUGUAAUAGGCCUGCGAGACAGAGGAUCCUCGAAUCUCUUCCCCCCCUGAGACCCCCUCCAUUGGAGCAACACCAUCUCAACUCUGUCUCAUUCCCAAGCAGAAGACAAGCAAGACCGUUUACCACCUGUGCAAGUGCAUAAUGAGACCGGUGCAAAUGGAGUUGCUGCUCCUGGGAAAGAGCGACCUUUCUAGGCGGCGCGAAGAACUGCGGAAUUUCCGUCACUGCAUCAGAAGGUUGGGGCGUCACAUCCAAUCCAGCGCGAGGAAAUUCUGCAAGCUGUCGGACAGGGAGGUCUGGGAGGCCAACCUGUGGGAGUACGCCUGCCUCUACACCGUGUUUGACAGGCUGCAGCUCCGGAUCCUGUACAGAAACAGCCGCAGGAAUUUCAACAGCUUCAAGACAACCUACGAGAAGCUUCGCUUCAAUUUCCUGGCAACUCAGCUGCUGAUUGGCUCCUGUGACCUCCAGCAGCUCUAUGGGGCCUGGCACCUGUGCGGAGCCUGCAUCUGCCCUGACUGCAGGCUGACAUCAUUGAACUGCACACCUCAGAACGGGCAGGUGCAGAGGGAAAUGAGUGGGGAUGAUGCCAGGCCAGAUAGUGGACAAGGCCCAUCAAAAACUGCAGUGAGCAGAGCAAUGCACCAUGGGUGCUGUAGUCCAGACACACAAGGACACAGUCUAUGGAAUACAAGCAGGCCAAACACAGAGGGAGCCAGCAUGGACUCUCUGAAACAAAGAUGCACCGAGUAAGGAGGAGCCAACCCAGCGAGGGACGGGUAUACUGGCCUUUGGAACAGACAUACCGGGAGGAAGCAGGGGUUAGAUCAGGAUUCAAAAAUACCACCCCCCCUCAUGCACAGACAGAUAAGAGGCAACCCUGAUAUCACUGCGAAGCCGUUUGCGGAAAAAGAGUUCAUAUGUGUCAAAGUACGACAUGACAGCUGUUCUGGAUGUACUUGCAGUGGCAGCCAUUAUACCAAUGCACCCAUGUUAGGCUUGAGCUUUUUAAUCCUGAGGAAUUAUGAUAUAACAAAUAAAAGCCUGAUUGUGCUAAGAAGAAGCUAGGCUACCGUGAAGAAGGAGUCAUGGAUUGGUUUGCAACAUGUCGGCAACAAUAAAACAGGGAUGAAACACAUUGUUAUCUCAGCUUGCUCAAAGAAACUAGAGAGGAACUCCACCAAACACAGAAGAGUUUGUUAACAGUUGUUUCCAAUGUGCUCCGUGAUUGGUGGAGCUUUUCUCUGUUUUCGUAAAAAGUGAUGUCACGACUGUCUUACUGCUGUUUUAUUAUCCCUGAAACAUGCUCUCCUGAAAUGCAUUUGUGCUUGACACCGGCCCAUGACUAAGUUUAUGUUUCUGUGCACAAUGUUGGUAGCAAUGUUGGUAGCUUGCCUCUUGUUGCAGUCCU